GUCUCAGGGAGACCCUCUCUUCACAUCUCCCCAAUAGUGCAAGGGAAACCAACUAAUAUCAGGACGAUUUGUACUUGAUCGUGUGUUUGUGUGACUUUGACAAGACUUUUCUUCCUUCGUUGCAGGAUCACUGAGUAUGAUGGUUCUUCUCCAAACUCUGGUGUUGGUUCUGGUACCACUUGUUUUCUUGGACUGGACACUGGCCGAUCCCAUUGACGACAAUAAUUUUGUUUACCACAACUUUAACAGAAAAAAUGGCCAAGACGUGUAUUUCAACAGUAACAAACUGUACAUCAACUCCACUGAGGCCGUGGUGUACGCACAUGAAGGGGGUAACGCCACACUACCCUGCAGGUUUUGGUACCAACCUGAGCUGGACUCUGUAAGAGAAGUCCGGAUCAAGUGGUCCUGGUUGCCUGCUACCGGAGGGACGCUGAAGAAAGACGUGCUGGUGGCGGUGGGAUCCAAAAGCAGGAGUUCUGAGGAAUUCAGAGGUCGGGUGCGACUCACCCAGGACUUCACCGGAGAUGCUUCACUUUUGAUACUCAAUGUCCAGAAGAGUGAUGCAGGUCGGUUUGUUUGUGAGGUGGUGGAUGGACUGGAGGACAGGAGUGCAACUGUUGAUCUGGAACUGCAAGGAAUGGUAUUCCCUUACCAGCACUCUAAAGGCCGUUACUUCCUGACCUUCGAGGCGGCCCAGCAGGCUUGUGAGAGCCAAAACUCGACAGUGGCCACCUUGUCUCAGCUCUUGCACUCCUGGAAAGAGGGUUUGAACUGGUGCAAUGCCGGCUGGCUGGCUGACCGAUCAGUCAAGUACCCCAUCACUCAGCCAAGAGGACCCUGUGGUGGUCAGGACUUGGCCCCUGGGAUCAGGAGCUACGCAAGGCGCCAGCAGCCGCAGCAGCAGCAGCACUUUGAUGUCUUCUGCUUUACCUCUUCUCUGCAAGGGAAAGUCUACUAUCAUCAGCCCGGUCACAAGAUGACCCUGCAUGAGGCCGUCCUGGCGUGCCAGCUGGACGGAGCUGAGACGGCCAGUGUUGGACAGAUGUAUGCCGCCUGGAGGUUCCAAGCUCUGGACCACUGCGCUGCCGGUUGGCUGGCUGAUGGAAGUGUCCGCUACGCCAUAACAAGCCCGCGAAGAAACUGCGGGCCCUCGGAACCUGGGGUGCGCAGCUUUGGCUUCCCCCGCCCUCAUGAUAAACAUGGUGUCUACUGCUACAAGGAAAACCCCCAGUGAAACAAUGCAUUUCACAGCUUUGAUUGAUUGAUUUGAGACGGCAGUUUUCAUUAAACAAGCUGCUCCGUGUCUCUGAUAGAAGCCUGCAAAGGCAUUUUAUUCGUCUUCUUCUCAGCUCCAUAUUAGCAUGGAAAAUAGACCCAGUGAAUAGCAGCAUUUUAACUAGCAAAGUGUCACUGACAGAAGAGGAAGCCAGCUCUGUAAGUGGACUGAAGAAUUGGCGGAUUCAGGUGAGGGUGUUCUGGUGUGGCCACAGAGAGCCAGCGCCACAACACGCCUGAAAUAGA